GAGCUUGAGCUGAAAGGCACAGAGUGAGAGGAUAGGAAGCUCAGAGCUUGAGCGAACCAGCGUGAGAGAGGAGGCAUAUUCAGGGACUCCAUCAGAGCGAGUAACUUAGGUACUACAGACUGUGUAUCAGGAAAAGACAGUGACAGAGAGCUUUGCAUGAGAAAUAUCAAAAUCUUAAGGACAGAAGGGAAGUAAGCGAGAGUAUUUGAAUUCGUAGAGUCCUGUGUUUGCUGGUCUACUCGGUUAUCCAUCUCCAUCUGGGUGCCAUCUGUGUCUCUGGCUUUGGCCUUCACUGCGCUGGAGCUCACAUAUGUGAGAAUGCAAACACAUGCCUGACAUAUGAAGGAGUGGAGUCACAAAAGAGGACAAAAAGCAGAGGACAAGAGAACUCUGCCACUGCAGCUGACUUUCUUCAAGGACUGAAGAGUGGACUCUACUAGAGUGGAGACAGUAGAGAGAAGAAGAGUCCUGCCAUGCCCGGUUCGCCUGUGGAUGCUAAGACUCAUUCCAGAUCAGCCCCCAGCAGCAGCGCCAGCUCCACAAUGCCACCCCUGCCUUCUGUCAACCCCAGUGGCCCUCGUCCGGCCUCCUUUUCCACCACAGCAUUGACAAAUGGGAAUCAUCAUUCCCCACCAACGCUGAAUGCUGUGCCCUCACCACCACAGCGUUACAGUAAUGGACCAUCUUCUUCUUCAUCUUCAUCGCUGGCUAAUCAACAGCUGCCGGCCACCUGUGGGGCUCGCCAGCUGAGCAAGCUGAAACGUUUCCUGACCACGCUGCAGCAGUUUGGCAACGAUAUUUCUCCCGAGAUCGGAGACAGCGUCAGAAGCCUAGUUCUGGCCCUUGUGAACUCAACAGUUACCAUUGAGGAGUUUCACUCAAGGCUUCAGGAGGCCACCAACUUUCCCUUGCGGCCCUUUGUUAUUCCUUUUCUCAAGGCAAACCUUCCACUGCUGCAGAGGGAGUUGCUCCACUGUGCACGAGCAGCCAAGCAGACCCCAGCUCAGUACUUGUCACAGCAUGAGCACCUCCUGCUAAGCACCACUAUGACUUCCUCUCCAGACUCCUCUGAGUUGCUGAUGGAACCUCCUGAGGCAGGGACAAAACGACACAGCCCCAGCAGGGCAAAGGAGAACGGCUUCCAUGAACGUCCUCCAGUAGGAAUGGAGCCUGCAGCAAAACGGAUUUGCACCAUCAGCCCGGCUCCACGACACAGCCCCGCCCAUCCGCUGCCCCUCACUGCCCAGCUUCACCCAACUCCUCCACCCUUGCAACAUUAUGCCUUGGAUGACAUAGCAGCUCCACACCUCUUACACCGAGAGCACAGCCAACGUGUCCUGGAGAUCCGUGAACUUAAGGACAGGCCACGACUCCCUGGCACUAACGGAGGCUAUCGUGAAGAGCCAGUGGACCACAGACUGACAGACAGAGAGUGGGCUGAUGAAUGGAGGCAUCUGGAUCAUGUGCUGAACUGCAUCGUGGACAUGGUGGAAAAAACAAGGCGGUCAGUGAGCGUGCUGAGACGCUGCCAGGAGUCGGACCGAGAGGAACUGAACUACUGGAGACGACGUUCUAGCGAGCAGGAAGAUGCUCGCAAAGGGGGCUCAGGCUCCACUCCGUUUUCCAAAACACACAGUCCACCCUCUGCAGAGUCGGACUCCCAGCGGGACUUUGGUCCACGGCCAGGUUCAGCAUAUGUCACUGACGAGAUCUGGAGGAAAGCUGAGGAGGCAGUGAACGAAGUGAAGCGUCAGGCCAUGGAUGAGGUUCAGAAAGCAGUGGCAGAGGCUGAGCAGAAAGCUUUUGAGAUGAUCGCUGCAGAGAGAGCAAAAAUGGAGAAGACUCUAGCUGAGGCGAAGAGGAAGGCUCAAGAGGAUGCCAUCAUGGUCAUCAAUGAACAGGAGGAUUCAAGUGAGUGUUGCUGGAACUGUGGCCGUAAAGCUAGCGAGACGUGCAGCGGCUGCAACGCCGCUCGUUACUGUGGCUCCUUCUGCCAGCACAAAGACUGGGAAAGGCAUCACCUCAUCUGCAGUCCAGGACUUCAAGCUCAGCCUAAACCAGUCUCUGCCAUCACUGCGAACAGGGUUGCUGCCGUGACCACAGCGGCUGCAGCUGGGAUGUCUCCUGUCGGCAUAGCCGGGGUCAAAGCUCCCGACAGCAUGCCUUUGGCCUCCAGUCCAGGUGGCGAAAAGGCUUCAGUUGCUUCUCGGUCCUCCACUCCCUCCACCCCUGCCUCAGUCUCUGAGACCAAUGGACAUUAAGGAUGCAGAGGACUUCAGAGCUUAACACAAUGACUGUCCUCUUUGUUGUUGGGGUAGAGUUGAAUCAGCAGCAUGAGGAAACUAUUUGUGGGUUAAGUUAGGAUAACAGAUUUUUCAUCAUACUUUGGCAGAUAAAUAAAGACAGAUUAUGGAUGACUGUAGUGAGUGAUGCGUCAACUGGGACUUUGGCUUUGGCGAAGAACAAAGAGACUUGUUUAGCAUGCAGCCAUUGGAUGAACAGAUCUCCAUAACAGAUGGAAACGUCUUUCUGGUCCAAAACCCCAAAUCCAGGAUCUGUGCUGGGAAAAAAAUUGAUAAUUGAUCACAAGAGAGGAAGUUUUUAAAGGAAGGCAUAUAACAUUCCCACCCACUAAACAAUAUUACUGUUUCUAUGUGUAAAACUAAGAUGAGGAGGUAGGUAAAUGUAAACAGUGUAAAAGUACCAGCAAUGAAGAGUCUGUCUUUGUUGUUUAGUAAAAGAAAUCUGACAGCUUGAAUGCGGUCACUGCAGCUCCUCUCUAUACGUAAAUAUUUGCUCACCAACUUGUCAGUUUUUCAUACGCGUGAAUGAGUCAAAUGUCGUGUUGUCGGUGAAUAUUGUAAAGUAUAUGAUUAUUUUUGUUAAAGCAAUAUUAAAAUGAAGUGUUCAGGUAUUUCAAGCUGUUUUUUCAUCACCAGAGUUUUCUGUUGCUAAAGAAAGACAUUUCCAUGGCCCAUAAAUGUCUUUUAGGAACAUAAAAUUCUAGCAUUAAACUGGGAAAUCACUUUGUGUCAUUCCUGAUCGUCAGAAACUAUUCAGCCUUGACUUUCGUUAUUGUUACACUUUCAUUUUGGUACUUGUUCGUGUCAUCAGGGUCACGGCAAAAUCUUUCAUCAAUGCAUCAAAAGAUUAAAGUCAUUAUUGUUAUGGAUUUUUCUUAGCUUAGUUAUGACAUAACCACAAAGAGAAAAGUGUCACUGAUUUGUGUAUCGCAGUGACAGCUCUGUCUCACAGAAAAUCUCAGGAGUAUUUGUGUGCAAAAAUCAUUCUUCUUCUUUUCUCAAAGUUAGGCUUAAUUUUAGUGAUGACCUUUGAUUUAUCCCAUUCUGCUGUUACACCUGAGCUAUAACUGUUUUUGUUUGUUGUAAGAUGACUUUGUAAAGAAGAUUAUGAGAGAAACCCUUUAUUUUGAGCCACAGUUCCCCCCUUCUUUCAUUCUAUGAACAUGUUCUCUUGUUAUGAUGCAUAACUUCAUAUGAAAAACUUAUCUUGACAUGAAGUAUGGAAUAAAGAAGUAGAGCUACUUCAGAAUUGCUUAAUUAAUUUUGU